AUGAAGCGGCCCAGGGAGCCGAGCGGCUCGGACGGCGAGUCCGACGGACCCAUCGACGUGGGCCGCGAGGGCGAUCGGAGCCAGAUGGCCAGGCCGCUGUCCGCCUCCAGCCCUUCACAGAUGCAAGCUAGGAAGAAACGCAGAGGGAUCAUAGAGAAACGACGUCGAGAUCGCAUCAACAGUAGUCUCUCUGAACUGCGGCGCCUGGUCCCCACUGCCUUUGAGAAACAGGGCUCUUCCAAACUGGAGAAAGCUGAGGUCUUGCAGAUGACGGUGGAUCACUUGAAAAUGCUCCACGCCACUGGCGGGACAGGAUUCUUCGAUGCCCGUGCCUUGGCGGUUGACUUCCGGAGCAUUGGCUUUCGGGAGUGUCUCACUGAAGUCAUCCGGUACCUGGGGGUCCUGGAAGGCCCCAGCAGCUGUGCAGACCCUGUCCGAAUCCGCCUCCUCUCCCACCUCAACAGCUACGCAGCUGAGAUGGAGCCUUCACCCACGCCAGCCGGCUCCCUGGCCUUCCCUGUGUGGCCCUGGUCCUUCUUCCAUAGCUGCCCAGGGCUGCCAGCCCUGAGCAACCAGCUCACCAUCCUUGGAAGAGUCCCUGGCCCCAUCCUCCCCAGCACCUCCUCUCCCACUUACUCCAUCCCAGCACUCCGGAUCACACCUGUGCGCAGGGCCCCUGGCACCAUCCUGCCAGCCCGGAGGAAUUUGUUGCCCAAUCGAGGGGUAUCUUCCACCCAGAGGGCCUGCCUCCCAGAGAGGCCAACUGCCCCUCUGCCUGUGGUGCCAAGUAGCAGGGCCACCAGGAGCAGCCCCAUCUCUCCCCUCCUAACAUCAUCUUCCCCCACAACUGCUUGCGUAGCCCUCCCUCCCUCCAGCCCUCCCCGCUCAGGGCCAGCAGGCAGGCCUGCAGGUGCUGUGCUUUACCAUUCCUGGGUGUCUGAAAUCACCGAAAUUGGGGCUUUCUGAGCUGGCUUCCCAUCCCCCACCUCCAUCCCUCAGGAGUAAGGAAGUUUCUUUUCUUAGGAGCUCUCAAACAGGUGCUGCGUUUUCUGCUUUGCUUCCACUCAGCAGAGACCCCUUCCUCUCUCACUGCUGGUCCAGCCCACCUACCCAGCUCCUCUGGAGCUCUUCUGAUCUCAGAGGCUUGGUUUGGUUUCUCACAUGCCCAAGUGCCUCCCGGUGAUUCACAGGCCCCUAAGAGCUGUGCCAGCCCCUCUCCUGCCCAGUAUGUGUGAACCUUAGAGAUACACAAUACCAUGAGGCCUGGCACAGUGGCUCACACCUGUAAUCCCAGCUACUACUUGAGAAGUAGAGAUCAGG